AUGCAAAUAAGGUUAAAGCAAAUAACGUGGCAAGCAGCGUGGACCGGGCAGGUGGAGCGCAUAGCGGCGCCGACGUUCGCGUCGUGGUGGCGUGCGCGGCGGGGCAGCGCACCCGCGUGCCUGGCGCCGGCGGGAGGUGCGGGGGGCGCCGCAGCCGCACCGCACGUGUGCCAACGGCACGCGCGCCGCCAGGCCGCCGCCGCCGCCUACACCGGCACCGCUUGCUCGUGCGACGCAAGACACAGACCGAAAAGCCGUCAACGGCGCGCCUCAGCGGAUGUGCCACAACUGCAACCGGAUUCGGCUCCGUGUCGUCGCCCCUUCCCGCUGGCUGUGCACGAUCUUCGCCUUGCUCCGCUACACCGCAAACUUACCGCCUCAUGA